UGAAAAUAAAUAUAUAUUUCAUAAAAACGAACAAGCAAAAAAUAUAUUUCACUUUUUAUUAAUAGGUAUACUAGAUGGAACUCCAGGGCUUUCAUAAUGAAGAAUAAAAUGUGUACAAAAGAAAUUACUUCCCCAUAGCCUGACCUGGUUGGCCUCUGAUAGACUGAUAGACUGACCUGGUUGGCCUCUAAUAUUGGUAUUCCAUGUGUUUGAAGGCGCUGUAAAACGAUGCAUUAAAAUUAGAAAAGGGGAAGCCGCGUAAAUAUUUUAGAGGUCUGAAGUACAUGUACAUGUAUGUAGUACAAGAAAUAUAAAGAAAUAUAAUGAAACCAUCAUACAAAAACCAUGCAGAAAUUUACUUGCUUCGUGGUACGUUCGUUGAGUCCAAGAUUCAUUUUUGUAAUUAAUGCACAAAUUUGUUUGAGUUGAUUGACAUAUUGUUUUGCAGGGUGACAGUAUGGAUGCUGAAGCUAAACUUGCUUAUGAAGCCCUCAUGACGUUUCGCUUGUUCGAACCAAACAGCGACCAGCUCACGGAGUUCCAAGCCGAGGUUCAGCGCCGUCAACAGCGCGAUUUCAAUUUGACAAGCUUGCCUGGAGAACCGUACAACUUCUUCACGGGCACUUUCCAUGACGCCGUGAUUCUGUUUUCCCUCGCCGUGAACGAAACUUUGGGAGAACAUGGGAACUUAUCCGACGGCUUGUCGCUGACUAGAAAGAUGUGGAACAGGACUUUCGAUGGUAUCGCUGGGAAAGUUACGGUGAAUGAGAAUGGUGAUCGUGACUACGAUUACUCACUUUGGGACAUGACUGAUACAGCUAAUGGAAACUUCACGAUUGUGGCAAAUUUUUAUGGGGCUACUGGGAAGUUGGAAUUUGUGGAUGACGUUGCUUGGCCCGGAGGGGCCACAGGGCCACCAGCGGACACUCCUCCCUGUGGGUUCGACAACGAAAAUCCUUUAUGUCAACCAGACGAUCCAUCCGUGACCUUGGCGACCUUCAUCGUCAUAUCCUGUUGUAUCUUAAUCACCAGCCUUGUCGUUAUUCUUUUAGUGUACAGAAAGUUGAAGCGGAAUGCACAAAUCCAAAGCAGGACGUGGCAAAUCAAAUGGGACGAGCUGGCACAAUGCAAUUACGGACAAGGACAGGGGCAUCCUCGAAGUUCCUCGUUUUCUUUGGGAAGUGCCUCUGUGAAAACUGAAGAACUGAAGCAGAGAUUCACAAGGACGUUAUGUUAUCAGGGACGCAUUGUGGCUGUUAAGAUGCUCGCCAACAAGAAUCAUGUCGACCUGAAGAAAAAUCUUCUCAUCGAAUUGAAACAGAUGCAUGAUUUGGAUCAUCCCAAUGUGGCUCGUUUCAUCGGUCUCUGUGUGGAUGUUCCCAACAUGGCUAUUAUCAACGAGUACUGCUCCAAGGGGAGCCUCAUGGACAUUCUCCAGAAUGAUUCAAUUAAACUCGACUGGCCAUUCAAAUAUUCCCUCAUUAAUGACGUCAUUAAGGGAGUGAAAUACCUUCACAGAAGCAACUUGGCAGUGCACGGCCGGUUGAACUCCUCUAACUGCCUUAUCGAUGGCCGUUUUGUGUUGAAACUGGUUGAUUUUGGAUUAUAUACUCUCCGAGAGGACGCAGCAAAAUUGCGCGGCAACCAUGCACUGAUGACAAAGUCGCUCUGGGUGGCCCCAGAAAUACUGAGAGAUCCCUUGCGAGGCCCAACAAAAGAGGGCGACAUUUACAGUGUGGGUGUCAUUAUGAGUGAAGUGGUUACAAGAGAGGGACCCUACAACACUGAUUUGGUCUUGGUCAAGGCGUUCGUCAUUCGUCGUGUCGCAGCGCACCAGCCGCUCGCUCGACCUAGUACCGAUGUAGUGGAAAAAAUAAAAUACCCAGCGGCCAACGGAGCACCGUUCCGUCCUUCAGUUCGAAUUGAGGAUGUCCACACAACGAUCGUUGAAAUGUUUCAGGCAUGCUGGGCAGAGAACCCUCAGGAGAGACCAACAGCCAACUCGCUUCAUGUCUCAAUGAGUAAAAUCAACAGAGAGAAUAACUUGGAUACAUGUAUCCUGGAUAACCUAUUGCGUCGGAUGGAGCAGUACGCCAACAAUUUAGAGGAGUUGGUUGGCGAGCGGACCGCAGCUUUUCUAGAGGAGAAGAAGCGAGCCGAGACGCUGCUGUAUGAGUUGCUACCUCGGAUUGUUGCUGACCGUCUGAAAGAGGGCAAGGCUGUGGAACCGGAAUCAUAUGACAGCGUCACUGUCUUCUUUAGUGACAUAAAAGGUUUCACAGAACUCUCGGCCCAGAGCACUCCCAUGCAGGUAGUCAUGUUGUUGAACGACUUAUAUACGUGCUUCGAUAGCAUCAUUGGUCAUUUUGACGUCUAUAAGGUUGAGACCAUUGGAGAUGCUUACAUGGUGGUUUCAGGAGUCCCCGUCCGUAAUGGAAAUGUACAUGCGCGGGAGAUUGGCAACAUGGCGCUGGCACUGAUCCAGGCGGUAGACUCAUUUAAGAUAAGACAUAAGCGAGACAGGAAAUUACAGUUACGGGCUGGGAUACAUACCGGUCCCUGUGUAGCGGGUGUUGUGGGACUCAAGAUGCCUCGUUAUUGUCUGUUUGGUGACACGGUGAACACUGCAUCACGGAUGGAAUCAACUGGAGAAGCUAUGAAGAUACACAUUAGUUCUAAUACACUGACUUUAUUGAAGAACUUUGGAUGUUUCAUCGUUCGUCUGAGAGGAGCCGUUGAAAUUAAGGGGAAAGGCAUUCAGACUACCUAUUGGCUACAAGGACGUUGUAACUCGCACGAAAAAUAAGCCACGUUACACUAUUUUGAUUUAUAGAUGCCAGAGUUUGAACACUGGCAUUAAUAAGCAUUUUGUUACUUAAAUUUGAAUGAA